GUUUGGCGUGUUUCUUAAGAGCUCUAUCAUUUUCAAGCUGUUGGUCGAGUAUUUCCAAGGACUGGUACGUUGAAAAGAGGUUGAAUAGAAUUCUUUCAUUCUAAAGUUCACGGAAGAAUUGAUAAGAGAACAGAGGUUAAUUUGUGUUAUAACCUACCUGUUAUAUCAGCGAUGCCGAGAAAAGAAAACCCGUCUUCAAUCGAGCAUUCGCAGCGUUUCAGUACAAAGUCGCAAAACACAAAAGAUAAAUUCGCUUGUGAAAAUUUGUACACAGAUGGAACACCAGCCUCUGAAAUUGGGAGUAUGGAAAAGUAUGAAGAAGUUACAAGGAAAAGAAAUAAAACUGAGGCAAUAAAAGGGAAAAUCAGAUCAUUUUCCAAACAUCAGUUCUAUGUCCUUGCCACUUUGUGCUACGGGAAUUUCUGUAUAGCUGCAUGCGUUUCUUUACAAGCUCCAUUUUUUCCGAGAGAGGCAGAAGAGAAAGGUGCGACGCCUUCUCAAUACGGACUGGUUUUUGGGGUGUUUGAACUAACUAUAAUUGUAGCAUCUCCAAUAUGCAGCAAGCUGUUAUCUCACGUGUCUCCGAACUUCUUGAUUAGUGCAGGCUUGUUCUUCUGUGGAACAACAACAAUUCUUUUUGGACUCAUAGAUCGUGCUCCUAGUGGAACCCCAUUUAUUGCUCUCUCCUUCACCAUCAGAAUUGUGGAAGGUUUGGGCUCUGCAUCGUUCAUGACUGCAGCUAAUGCUGUGUGUGCAGGAGAAUUUCAUGAUCAAGUAGCCAUGGCUUUGUCAACUCUACAUUCAUUUUUUGGCAUAGGACUAAUUGUUGGUCCGACUCUUGGAGGUGGUCUAUAUCAGGUAGGAGGAUUUUCAUUGCCUUUUGCGGUUCUUGGAAGUUUAUUACUCCUGGGUAUAGCGCAAGUGUUUUUCUUCUUACCACAGACGGAGUGGAGCAAAGAAGAAAAGUCUGGUGAUUUUUUUAAGCUUCUGGCAAAUUUUGGAAUAAUCGCAAAUUCAUUAGUAAUAAUUUCGUCGCUCCUUUCCAUUGGAUUUAAUGUAGCUACUCUGGAACCACACUUACGCCAGUUUGACUUAAAGGGAGGUGUUUUAGGGACCAUCUUCAUUAUUAACGGAGGAAUUUACGCUUUUACUACCCCAAUAUUUGGGUGGAUAUGCGAUAAAGGAGUUUCCCCUAAACUUUUGUGUAUGUUUGGCAGUUUUCUGAGUGCUUUAAGUUUUCUGUUUAUUGGGCCAGCACCAUUUCUCUCUUUCUCUCCUGAACUUUGGCUGAUCGUAAUAUCACUUCUCAUCUUGGGAUUAGGAUUAUCAGCCAAGAUUGUACCAGCGUUUUAUUGCGCUCUGAGGGAAACAAUUAAACUUGGAUUUCCUGACGAUUUUUCAACAAAGGCCUUAGUGUCAGCCAUAUUUUCUUCAUCUAUAUCUAUUGGGGCAUUUAUUGGACCAACUCUAGGCGGUUAUCUUCUGGAACACUUUGGUUACAGAUCGGCAACAGUAAUAAUCUUUAUUGAAGAAUGUGCAAUGUUACUACUCCUGCUAAUUCAAGUCAAGAGCGAAAAGAGAACCUUUACAAGAAAAACAUAAUUUAUUCGACUCUGAGAGAAACGUUCCAUCCAGCUAUUGAAAGUUUAGAAGUCUGAAGUUUUUACAGAAGAUAUUGUUGUUAAUAUCACUUUUCAAUAAAUUUACUAUUUCGUAGACUUUUUAUUUAUCUUCUGCCAACAAACCAUAAUUAUGUUUAGAAAUUCGCCUUUAAUUUUUUUUAUUUCGAAAAAUAAUUUGAAUAUAUCGAGUUAGUUCUUAUGUAACCUAUCUGCUUUUUGCCUAUUUAGUUCUUGUAUAACCUUCAUGCUUUUAUAGACUGUAGUGUGAAAUGUAUCAUACCAUAAUAAACCUUGAAAUUGACAAAUCAUACAUCGUGAUUAGCUAAAACUGCAAGAUUUAAUUGUGAAUUUUUCUUUUUCUUACUUGUAUCUGUAACUGAAAUAGUAAAGAAUGUUACAAAA